AUGGAUCAGGACGAUGGAUUUGGCCUGCUUGCGACAUGGCUCACGGACAACCAUAUUCCGGCUGCAGAAGGCAAAGGCCCAAGGUCGAACUCAUACAGAGUCAAGGAUUUAGCGGAUGCGCUUGUCCUCGGCGAGCGAGUCGUUCGAUGUAUCGCAACGCUUCCUCGACGAGGCGAUGGAAGAGAUUCGCAAAUGUACACGUGUUAUGAUUUCGAGUACGCCACGGAUAUCAUCAACGACUCCAUAGUCGACAAGCUCGUCAAGCACGCGAUAAUGCUUGACAAGAAGUCUUCCAUUGCCUUCCCAUAUAAGUUCCCUCUGACCCUCCAGUAUGCAUCGCUGAUUCCGACGAUUGAACGGCAGAACAAUGCAGUCAUGGACGUCGCUGCCGCUAACCUCUUACUCUCCAGGACCGCGCCACGCUUCGUGGACAUCAGGUGCGGACCGCGUCAACGCUUAAUCCCUGUGCAUGCAGGGCUACUCGGCAGUGGCUCAUUUCCGGGGCACAUCCUUGACAUCCCGAGCCUUUCCGACACGGUCCUGGAUACCAUAGCCAAAGUCAUAGACUGGUUUGUGGACAAGGCAACCCAUAAGGCGAAAGUCAAGCAUCUGUUGGCCAGGUGGAUUGUGCCCACUGCCGCUGUCAGCCCCGAUGAUAUUGACGAAAACUUGGUGGAUCAGGUUCACGGCGGUCUUCGAGGGUGA